AUGGAAAUCAUUUCAACCCAGAAGUUUAUUCUACUUACUUUGGGUACAGUGGCGUUUCUAACACCACAUGGUGUGUGCCUAGAUGAGCUAAUGAAAUCCAGCCUGGAGAGCAGAGAAGACGCUGAUGAUAAAUAUUAUGAGAUUAAAGACAGUAUUUUGGAGGAAAAGCAGAGGAGUCUGAAUUUUGAAGAAAUGAAAGACUGGGGAUCAAAAAAUUUCAUUAAAGUGAACACACCUACAAUAAACAAAGUGCCAAAUUCAGUUGCUAAUUUACCUCUCAGGUUUGGAAGAAGCAAUCCAGAAGAAAGAAGCAUUAAGCCGAGUGCUUAUUUGCCUCUGAGAUUUGGAAGAGCUUUUGGAGAGAGCCUAUCUAGGCGUGCUCCAAGUUCAUCAUACAGGCCUGGGAGAUCUCCACUUGCUAGAAGUUCUAUUAAAUCCCUUCUAAAUCUGCCACAGAGAUUUGGGAAGUCAGUGCCCAUCAGUCUAUCUCAAGGUGUCCAGGAAUCUGAACCAGGUAACACUUAG